AUGGGUACUGCAGUUAGUAGAAAUUUAGAUAUAUCUUCCAAUGAAUAUUGUCUAAAAUUUGCCGGAAAAGAAACCAUAAUUCCAAAUGAUCCCUUUUGGAAUAGAUUUUUAGCUUUCAAUAUUACACCUCCAACAACUACAAAUGAUCAACUUGCUCUCGAGUCAAGACUGGAGCCUAUUUGCCAGGAAUUUCUAAAAAACAAUUUGCAUUCAGGGAAUCUUGGUUCUAUUAUUCAUCUAUUUUUAAUAAAAUCGACAGAACUAUUAUCUGCAACCAAUACUGAUGCUAGACUCUUCAACUGGCAACUAUUUAAUACCUUGUUUACAAUAAGAUGUGCGCUAAAAUUUCUAUCAGAGACUACAACUGAAGAGCAAUUAAUAGAACAUAUCGAAUUUAAAGGCAGUGGAAACACAUUUGAAUCAUUUGUCGGUGCUCUUGUGGGCAUUAUUGUUGAUGUCCCAAUCAACAAUCAAACGUAUUUAAUCCAUUUAGAAGCAGUGACUUGUUUAUUGGUGUUUUUAUCUAUACAAAUCCAUUCUGGCAGAAGGUCUGACCAGAGCAAUGUUUACCGUGUUAUUAUGAAAGGCAAACAUGUUAUUCAUGCACCGGUCUUGAUUAGAAGUCUUUUAACAAAUUUUAUCAAUCAAGAAAAGUUACCUCCUGGAUAUGGGGGAGGCCAUGGGCACAGUAUUGUAUUAGGUUUAGCAUCUGAUUUGUGGUCGAUUUUAACUUUCAGUAGGAAAUCAUCUGAAGAAUUAACUGUUCCCGACCAAAAUGACUUCCAACUAACGCCACUGGCUACACAGAGUUUAUUACUAAUUUUAGUUUUGGUCCACCAUUGGACUACCCAGUCAAAUCCAUACAGAAGUUCUUUAUUUUCCUGUUUAAACAGUCUAGACAAUAGUCCAGUACCACCUUCAAAUGCGUCUUCUUUAUUUAAGGUAGAUUUUAAUGCCCUGUACCUAACAUUAUGUAAAAAGGCAUCUGGGGAUGCCGCUACUUUACUUUUAUAUUUAUUGUUACAUCGAAAUUCUACAUUUAAGAGGCAUCUUCUUAGUCGAAUGGAUUUAGAGCAACUAAUCAUACCAAUUUUAAAAACCCUGUACAAUGCCCCAAAUAGUAAUUCCCAUCAUAUUUACAUGUCGUUAAUAAUUCUGCUCAUAUUAAGUGAAGACGAUUCAUUCAAUAAAAUGGUACACGAAACGAAAUUAAAAAAUAUAACGUGGUACACAGAAAGAGCGUUGACUGAGAUAUCACUAGGAGGACUUCUGAUUUUGGUUGUUAUAAGGACAGUGCAAUACAAUAUGUUGAAAAUGAGAGACAAGUAUCUUCAUACAAACUGUCUGGCUGCCCUGGCCAAUAUGUCGGCACAGUUUAGAGAGUUACAUCCUUAUGUUAGUCAGCGUCUCGUUUCAUUAUUUGAAACCCUGGCAAAGAAAUACCUGAGGCUGGUGAAAAGACUGAAAACUGAGAAAAGCCAAAAAGCAAAGGAGGUAGCAAUAACGGUAAAUCAAGAUUUUACAGACAUGGAACAGGACUUGUCGGUGCUCGAAGAAGUCCUCAGGAUGGUCUUGGAAAUUCUAAACUCCUGCCUGUCGACACAACUAACAAAUAACCCAAACUUAAUUUACACCUUGCUUUACAAUAGACACAUGUUCGAGUCUUUCAAGGAUAAUGUCGUUUUCCAUGACAUAAUCUUUAAUAUCAACAUUAUUAUUAAGUACUUUUCACAGUUAUUGACUGAUAAAUCGCAGCAGUAUGAAGUCGACGCUCAUCAAGUCUUACUUGUCAUACAGCAGGGUGCUAAAAAUUGGCCUAAAGACAAGUUAACGAAAUUUCCCGAUCUAAAAUUUAAAUAUGUCGAAGAAGAUCAGCCCGAAGAUUUUUUUAUUCCAUAUGUAUGGGCAUUAGUUAGUCAACAAUCUGUAUUACAUUGGACAAAUGAUACUUCGCCAAUUUUAUCCGCAGUUUGCUAGUAAUCAAUACAUUACUGACAAUAUCUGUAAAAUGUAUAUAAUUAGAUAUUUUAUUUUAUGUACCUUAAUAUCCUAAAAUAUUUCUGUUAAUGUUGUUGAUUACCUUUUAUAAGAAUAAUAACUUAAUAUAUUUGUUAGUAUAAAUA